UUUAAUUAAAAUAAUAAUUAAAAAUGAAUACAUUGUUGUUUAUUGUAAAAUUUGUCAUUACAAAGUUGAAUUCCAACUGUAUCUGAUGCGUUAAACACAUUGAAAUAUGAAUUUUUCAGCUGCCUGUUUAAUUCUUGUACUUGUUGUAAAGCUGUCAUGCGUAGCAACAAUGAAAGAAGAUAUUAAGAACUGGACAGUUGAGAUUUUCCAGAAUGGCAAAAUUGUUUGUGCUGGUGUCCUUCUCAACAGAAAUUUUUUCCUGACUCUUGGGAAAUGUAUUGAUAAGAGGAAACUGGAUCAGUACAAAGUUACUAUUGGCGGUGGAAUAUUGCGGAAAAUUGAUAUAGUGCUAGAGGUAAUAAUCUAUAUUAACUUAUUAAUGUCCAAGAAAGGAAACUUAUCAAAUUAUACUACAAGUUUCAACCAAGUGAUUAAAAAAAUCAAAAAUAAGGAUGGUAAAGUAGAAGUUGAGACUGAAGGUGGGACAAAAUACGAAGCAGAUGAUGUCAUUGUUACUUUUAGUCUGGGGGUUUUGCAAUCAAGACAGGUCUCAUUUAAGCCAUCACUAUCGAAAGAAAAGAUGCUGGCCAUCGAUAAGUUCGGAUUUGGUGAAUAUACGAUUGCGUACUUUGAAUUUUCCGAUGCCUUUUGGGAUAACGUAUCCUCUUUAGUGUAUGCUCCAGCAAGACAUGGUGAAAACAGUAUCUGGUACAACAUGAACACAAUCUAUCCAGGAUGUAACAUACUACAGCUAGUUUUGAUGGGGUUUGAAGCAAAUGCAGCAAGUCAUAUGAAUGACAAUGAAGUUAAAGAAAGUGGAUUGGCUGCUUUGGCUGCCAUGUAUCCUCAGAUCAGUAUACCUAAACCAGACGCUUUUGUCAGAUCAGACUGGCUUACGAAUCCUCUCACAAAAGGAUCAUUUAGCUACUGGACGCCUGCUUUUAGACCAGAAGAUAUGAAAGAUCUUGGGAAAUCAGAGGGUAAUAUACACUUUGCAGGGGAGCACCUCGGCUUAAAAAGUCAUGCGUACUUACACAGUGCUUAUAAUUCUGGAAAAGACACAGCACAACGCCUCGCUAGAAGCGUGAGAGAUUAAAAAUAUAAGCUUAUAAAAAACAAUCUAUUACAACAAUAUUUUUUUCUGAUAAGAGAAUUACCGACAUCGAAAAUAAA